AUGGAGGCGGAAAGAUCCGGCGGGGUUCCAGGCGGAACGAAUCCGAACUCUGGAGCUAGCGGAAUGGGGCGAAAUCCAAACGGGCCGAAGACUGUACUCGGACCAGCGAGUACAGCAGCGGCCGCCGCGGCAGCUGCAGCAGCAUCAACAGCCGGGGCGAUGCCCAUAUCCUCCCAGCCUCGGGAACCACAAGACGGGGAGGCAGGCCUAUCUCUUCCUGGGAUCUUGCACUUCAUCCAGUACGAAUGGGGACGCUUCCAGGCCGAGAAAUAUCGCUGGGAGGCCGAACGGGACGAGCUAAGGGCACAGGUUGCGUUCCUGCAGAAUGAGAGAAAAGGACAGGACAACAUGAAGCAGGAUCUGGUGCGACGGAUUAAGAUGCUGGAGUAUGCUCUUAAACAAGAGAGGGCCAAACACCAGAAGCUGAAGAUGGGAAGCGAUCAGGGGAGUCCGGGGGAGAAGAAAGCGGAAAUGGAGGCUGAACAAAUUCCCAAUGGGCCCGCUGAGCCCGACGCGGAGCCGGCCAAUCAGAUGUCUUGGAAGGAGGGACGGCAGCUAUUGCGCAAGUAUCUAGAGGAGGUGGGCUAUUCAGACACUAUUCUGGACAUGCGUUCUAAGCGUGUCCGGUCACUGCUGGGCAGAAGCAGUCCCGAAGCCAACGGACCUCCUCCAAGUGAACCGCCUCCUGAACCAGAACCUCACGGAGGAGGAGGAGGAGGGGAGUCGCUGCUGGUCCGUCAGAUAGAGGAGCAGAUCAAGAGGAAUGCUGGGAAGGAGAGUUCUAAAGAGCGGAUGGGCGGCUCCGUGCUGGAUAAGAUCCCGUUUCUUAGGGGCUGUGAAGAUGAUGAUGAGGAUGACAGUGAUGAAGAUGACGAUUUCCAGGGCAUGGCCACGGACUGCAUCGAUGGGCCGCGCAAGAAUAAGAAGUCACGUGUCAAGAUGGGUGGUGAGGCCAUGACGGCGGAUUUGGAUCCUGAUGAUGAUGAGGAUGAAGACGACUCAGAAGACGCGCUGAGUGAAUUUGACUUUCUGGGGUCGGGUGAAGAGGGAGAGGGUGCCGGAGAGGCUCGGAUCUCUGGAGACGGCCGUGAGUUAGAGAACCGCAGGAACAAGCUUCAGGGCAUGAUGUCGGAUUUUCCCCCCAAACCCACCCCACCCCCAUCUCUCCCGGGCCAGCCUCGCUCCACUGAUGGGGGCGCUCUGGGCUUCUCGUCCGACGUCUUCAUCCUGGAUGCGGUUGGCGGAGGCGACAUGAACCUGGGCGAGCUUGCUGACCUCACGGUUGCUAACGACAACGACCUCUCAAUUGAUCUGCAGGACAGUCGAGAGGAUUUUAAGAAGACGUGGAACCCUCGCUUCACGCUCCGCAGUCAUUUCGACGCUAUCCGCGCCUUGACCUUUCACCCCAGCCAGGCCGUCCUGCUGACCGCCUCAGAGGACGCAACUCUCAAACUGUGGAACCUCAACAAGGCCAUGCACUCCAAGAAAAAUGCAGCGCUGGACGUUGAGCCUAUUUACACCUUCAGAGCUCAUAGCGGAGCUGUGCUCUCUCUUGCUAUGGGUGAAGAAGGAGAUUCCUGCUACAGUGGAGGUCUGGACGGAACUGUUCGCUGCUGGAAGAUUCCGGACCUCAACGUGGAUCCUUAUGACAACUAUGAUCCCAGUAUUGAGAGCAGUGUGUUAUCGGGGCAUGAGGACUCCGUCUGGGGGCUUGCCUACUCCCCCACACUGCGACGCCUGGCCUCCUGCUCGGCAGAUGGAACAGUCCGGAUCUGGGACCCCCAAAACUCCUCCCCUUGUCUCUCUGUUUUCAAUAAGGAGAAAGAGCAUGGCACUCCCACCUCAGUUGCCUUUGGGAACGUCGAUCCUUCCCAGGUCGUCGUGUCCUUCGACGGGGGCGAGACACUGCUCUACGACCUCAACACGGAGCAAAGCAUCAUGGUUCUGGAGAGCCAAACAAAAGAUGGCAGUGAGCUGAUAAAUCGUGUGGUCAGUCAUCCAUCUCAACCAAUUUCCAUCACUGCUCAUGAGAACCGUACCAUCCGCUUCCUGGACAACAAGACAGGGAAAGUGAUUCACUCCAUGGUGGCUCACCUAGACGCAGUUACAUGCCUCACAACAGACCCCAAAGGCACUUACCUCAUCUCCGGCAGUCAUGAUUGCUCGGUGCGGCUGUGGAUGUUGGAGAACAGGACUUGUGUUCAGGAGAUCACAGCCCACAGGAAGAAGCACGAUGAGGCGAUCCACGACGUGGCCUUCCACCCGGCCCAGCCCUUCAUCGCCAGCGCCGGCGCCGACGCCCUCGCCAAGAUCUUCGUCUGAACGAGCGCGGACAGACCUCACGCCUUCCCUCUUCCUCACAGGAGAGACACCUCCAUGGCUUGGCCAGCAGAGUGAAUCUUACACACACACGCACACGCACACGCAAACAGACACAAACCCACGUCCACAAAAGCAACACCAGGGACCAGUGCUCUGCUCACCGCUGUCUGUGUGGGAACCAAACAGCUCAUUUUUCUACAGACCUUUAGCUUGUCAGCUGCCUCUGCCUUCGCACUUGUUCAUUUGUAUCACAGGGGUUUUUUUUUUUUUCCUUCUUCUUCCUCUGCUCCCUCUAUGGAACUUGACUAAUACCACACGACAAUAUCCACUUAUUUUUGUUUCUGUUUGCUAACGGUUAACAGUGUGUGUUCAAGCAAUUUAAAUGGGACUAACACACA